AUGGGUUGGCCGCACUAUCAGAAUCAUCUGGAGAUUGCUGCACUGAUUGUGCUAAUCGAGCGUCCAGCAGUCGCGCCGAAUUCCGAGCAGCCUGAUAGCACAGAACUUCGUGUGGGACUGCUUUCCUUGUUCGUGUCGGCUCAUGGGUCUUCAAGGGGAAAGGAUGCGUUGUUCGAGGACUACGAGUGUAUGCACAUUGUGUCGUAA